AUGAAGAACCAAUCUGUAGAGAUAGUGUUCAUUUUGCUUGGACUGACAGGUGACCCUCAGCUACAAAUUCUGAUUUUCCUGUUUCUGUUUUUCAAUUACAUCUUGAGCCUGAUGGGGAACUUAGUGAUCAUCCUCCUCACCCUGCUGGAUCCCCACCUCAAGACUCCAAUGUAUUUCUUCCUCCGGAAUUUCUCCUUCCUAGAAAUUGCAUUCACCACAGUGUGCAUCCCCAGGUUCCUGACAAGCAUUCUCUCAGGGGAGAAAAUGAUUUUGUACAAUGCUUGCGUAGCUCAAUUAUUCUUCUUUUUCCUGCUAGGGGCCACAGAGUUCUACCUCCUGGCUGCCAUGUCCUAUGACCGCUAUGUAGCCAUCUGCAGACCACUGCACUACCCCAUCAUCAUGAACAGUAAAGUGUGUCACCUACUGGUCAUCAGCUCCUGGGUGACUGGGUUCUUAGUCAUCUUUCCCCCUUUGCUCUUGGGACUCAAACUGGAUUUCUGUGCCUCCAAAACUGUCGAUCACUUCUUUUGUGACACUUCUGUCCUUCAGCUGUCUUGCACAGACACACGUUUAAUAGAAUUGAUGGCUUUUGCCUUGGCCGUGAUGACACUGGUCAUCACCUUGAUCUUAGUGAUCCUCUCCUACACACUCAUCAUCAAAACCAUCCUCAAGUUCCCUUCAGCUCAACAACGGAGAAAGGCCUUUUCCACCUGCUCCUCACACAUGGUUGUUGUCUCCAUUACUUAUGGGAGUUGUAUCUUCAUGUAUGUUAAAACAUCAGCCAAGGAAAGGGUGACUCUAAAUAAAGGUGUAGCUGUGCUCAACACUUCUGUGGCCCCUUUGCUAAACCCUUUCAUUUACACCCUCAGGAACCAGCAGGUGAAGGAAGCUUUCAAACAUAUAAAAAAGAAAAGGGGCGAGAUGGCUUCAAGGUUACUUUGCGGAGUGGGCGCUCUGGCGGCGCAGGCCCUCAGGGCCCGCGGGCCCGGUGGCGCGGUUGCGACGCGCUCCAUGGCUUCUGCAGGUGGUGUUCCUACUGAUGAGGAGCAGGCUACAGGGCUGGAGAGGGAGAUCAUGAUAGCAUCACUGGAUCCAUACAAUAUGCUACCUCCAAAGGCAGCUUCAGGCACCAAGGAAGAUCCUAAUUUAGUCCCGACCAUCACCAACAAGCGAAUAGUGGGCUGCAUCUGCGAGGACAACUGUACUGUUAUCUGGUUUUGGCUGCACAAAGGUGACGCUCAGCGAUGCCCAAGCUGUGGAACCCAUUAUAAACUGGUGCCCCACCAACUGGCCCACUGAGCCCCUGCAUUAACUUUUCAGAAUGUGAUGGAAAAUUUCUCUCUAAUAAAGACUAGCCAUUGUAUUGGCUCCUUCCA